AUGGCAGCUGAUGAAGAUGACAAAAAACAAAUUCUUCAGGAGCAUUGGCUAGAUGAAGAAUUUAUGAAAGAUGAAGAAAAUAAGAGAUUAAUUGAAGAAAUUGCAAAGGAAAAUAAUCAGUUAAAGGAGGAGAUUCAAAAGCUUGAAGCUGAGUUGCAAGAGGCCACCAGAAACUCCCAGAUUAAAGAGGAUAUUCCCGACACAAAGGUGAAAUUCACAUCUGCAGAGAAUUCUGAGGAUGACAGUCAGUUUUUAAAUGUCUCCUGUUCCUUUCAAGUGAACUCGCAAGUUCCUUAUGAGCUACAAAAAGGACAAGCGCUUAUCACCUUUGAAAAAGAAGAAGUUGCCCAAAAUGUGAUCAGAAUGGGGAAACAUCAUGUGCAGAUGGAGGAUAUAUAUGUGGAGGUUAUGGCCAAGCCGGUUCCAUUAAAGUCAGGAGUCAGAUUCCAGGUUUAUGUAGAAAUAUCUAAAGUGAAGAUCAAUGUUACUGAAAUUCCUGAUGAGUUGCCUGAAAAUCAGAUGAGAGACAAGCUAGAACUGAGCUUUUGUAAGUCCCGACACGGAGGUGGAGAAGUGGAAAGCGUGGAGUAUGAUAUGCGGUCUGGAAGUGCUGUCAUCACAUUUGUGGAAACUGGAGUUGCUGACAAGAUUUUGAAAAAGAAAGAUUAUCCUCUUUAUACAGACCAUAACUGCCAUAGAGUUAUUGUUUCUCCAUACAUAGAAAAACACUUGAAAAAAUUUCAGGUAUUUUCAGGAGUAUCUAAGAGGACGGUGCUUCUGACUGGAAUGGAAGACCUUGAUACGAUGGAUGAAGAAAUCGUGGAGGAUUUAAUUAGCAUUCACUUUCAACGGGAGAAGAAUGGAGGUGGCGAAGUCGAAGUAGUCAGGUGUUCUUUAGGUCGACCUCACGUGGCGUACUUUGAAGAAUAGACUCACGGGAUCCUAAGAAAAUUAGAGCUUCUGAGCCCAAAUCACUGUCAGUGUUUGACAAAAAUGAAUAUCCUUUUCCUUAAAAAAAUGAAAACUUUAAUUCUUUACUAACCAUUUAUUCUUACAUGCAAAGUAUAUUUCCAUGUUUUUGAAGGCUUCUUUGUUUCAAACUGUGCUGCAUGUUUACGAAGGCAAUAAAUGCACUGUAUUAAAAAGAGUUUUGUU